AUUUCUUGAGAAACUUUCUCCAGAAAAUCAAAUGAAAGCUUGCUGUAUAGGACUUAAUAAAUCUAUUGAUGAAAUCUUUUUAUCUUUAGAAGAGAUUGAGAGAUAUAAAACUGAAUUACUCGCUGAUGCUAAUCCCCUUUUGUAA